UGCAGAAUGUAUGUCCUCCCAGUAGUAUGGUAACAUAUGCAUUUAGCUUUUAGGAGCAAGCAUCGUCGAUCUGUUUCUUUUGUUGUUCUUCAAUUUUGGAUUUUCUUGCAGUUGCAAGUUUAGCGUCACUAACCUAUCGUUUGCUUUUGUUUUCUUCACCUUCGAGUGUAUACAUUGAUUUGAGACGCUACAGAAAACAUCUUCAUUUUUGUGUAGUAUGAGGAUCAAGUACUCGGACUACUAGAUCCAACAGAUAAGAACAAAUAAGACAUAUUCACAGUGAACAAGAACCAUCUUCAUCAUCUUCAAAGAGGAGAAAAGAUGGCACGCGUUUCCGACAGGAACGUACCUCUUACAGGUGAGCCUCCUAAGCAAAUCUCAAGGGAUAUUGCCCAGUCUGUUGCCUCUGCUUCAUCGGAAAAGCGCAUUGGGGAGCAUAGGAAAAGCGCAUUGGGGAGUGCGUAUGCCUGGCUAUACCGCAUAUGGGGCGUCGGUUUUUGGAUAGCCAUGAUAGGUGGAGGUCUGCAUGGGAUGAUUAUGAGAGGUAUUUAAGCUAUUUUUUCUAGUGCUGGAAGCAAGAUAUUUAUAUUGUUGAAAUAUUUUUUUGGUUGUUUUUUUUGGUUUUUGGGAAAACGCUACGUUGAUUCAGGUAUCAGCAUCGUGUAACUCAUCCAAUUUGCUUCAUUGAGGUCCAGUCUGGUACGGAUACCAACUCUACGCACAAUCGAGAGCAGAUACGAAGUAUAGAACCGAGUGUAUCAAUUUCGAGCACCGUCGACGUGAGGGUGUUCUCCUCAAAACGCCUGGAGCACCUGGCGCUGGUGUUUCCACAGAAGUUCGGACUAAUCUACCGGAGGCAGCUUCUGGGGGUGCUGCUGGCGCUGCUGCUGUUACAACGCCUGGAACACAACAAGAGGCUGUUGCCUUAACUUCUGCGUCCGCAGGUAAGCCUGUAGUGCAAGAGCAAGCGCAAAUUCCGAGUGCAGCUAGCUCCCCAACAAGGGGCGUCAGCCAAUUGCGCCCCGACGACGCAUCCCCACCAGCCUUGCCAGACGGCCAUCCGCCAGUUCCCGGAGGACGCCGAUGGGGUGGCUGCCCGUUUUCAGGCGCAGGCGGUGCCUGUCCCGUUACUAGUAGCCCUACAACCGCAGGUGCUCCUAGCACGAUUCCUUCUCCAUCAUCCACAGCCGCACAACAGCAAAGAGCCCAAGAACAACAGCAAGAGUUCUUACAAAUCGACUCAGAACAAAAUCGAGGCCCACCUUCUGGUCAAACAGAGGCUGCAGCAGCAGCAGCAGCAGUAGAUGCUGCAAGAAGUGCUGGUAAUAGCAAGGUAUUAAAUAAAACGGUGAACAACACUAGCGCUAGUGCCACUAGCGUCCCUCCUCCCUUGACAAUACCUGGGAGUUCCUCUCCAGGUCAGCAGAGUACCCAGCAGCACACUCUUCAAACCUCCGCAGGGACUACAGGACCAACUCUGAUUGAGACCGGACCAGAUGCACGCUUGACAGGAUUCAUAAACGGACCGGCACCUGCUCCUGCAGGACUGCUCGCGGAGCACUACGACUGUGGAAAUAGUGAUCCUGCAAUCUGGCAUGACGAAGUCUGGAGAUACAUGCACAAGCAUGUGUAUCCUCGCGAAGUAAUGAACCCGAAAUUUCACAACAAGCCGGAAGAAAUUUUCAAGGGACCCUUUUAUUAUGACGAUUGGGACAGUAUGACUGAGACUAUGUGUUCAAAUCUGACUCUUUGUUUACUUACUCAAGAGGUGUUUACUUACACUGAGUUUCUGGACCAGGGGGGGCAUAUGGUCAUGGCGGCAAGGAUCAUGGGGCGUAGAGCAAAUUAGUCAUCAACAGUCAAGAUCUCGUCUCUAAUCUCACUGGUAUCACCAGUUGGUCGUUCUCGCAAUCGUGGUCUUUUUCGGAUACUGCGAAGGGUAUCGUGGCUUCCAUUUGAUGUUUUCGCCGAUGUUGGUCCGCCGAUCCUGGGAAUAUCCUGAUCUCUAUGCAUAUGGGGACCAGUUCGCGGAUGAAACCUCCGGUGACGUAGAGGUACUUGGAAACUGCAAAUCACAACAGUGUAAUGCGGAAGCCGCUAUCAAUCUGUCUAUUUUUGAAUAACAAUAAUACAUACCGAUGAAUCAUCGAUGAUCUUUGUUUCCCUCCUAAGUACUUACUUUCUCUUUUUUAAGCACCAUCUACAUUUCAAAUUCCUCUACCCCAGGCGGCGCAGAACGACGAGCGUACUCCGGCAUUAGCAGCUGGCACGAAAGUGAACCAGACACUAUCCUUGGACGACUUGGAGAUCAGCAACAAAAAGGUUGAAGAAGUGCCUCUGCCUCUGGAGCGAUAUAGGUAUUUUGGGCAGUUUCGUUCCGCGCUACUGGACCUAGUGUUGGCGCCAUUCUUGAUCGGUGGGUUUUACUUCGGAAGCCUACGUCGUCUCCUCGUUUCGUGGCUGCUCUUCAUUUUCAUAUUUAAGAACUGACGGAGUUUUUGCGAUUUAUAGCACGCCGUACGGUCUUCUUAUCCCCUCUAGGUGUACUUGCGUUGCACGUGACAGUUUUGUAUUUCACUUCUGGUUGAGCAAUCGAGUAAUAGCUUUGUACGAGGAGUUUAGUCCUUAAAAGAUCCUUCUCAUUCUUAAUGAAGCAGAUUAAAAGAUCCUUGUACCUGAAGAUGAACCUAAUGAUAAUGAUCUUCUAAUUCUCGCUUAUGCGUGUGGGGUUUGUUGCUUGUGAAGAAGCAUAGACCGUCCUCCUGCGUCCCCGAAUUUAGCAACAUGGGACUAACGGUCGGCCUGGGUUUCGGCUUCGUGAGCAUCAUUUACUGGGGCUGCCUGAUCCUGAUCCGAAGACACUGCUGUGGACUCAAUUUAUGGCAGUACGUAGUUGGGGAAUUUGUUACCGCCCACUCUAUUUUUUAAGUUUAUUCUGCUCUGCUCGUUUCAAACUUGUUUCAAGAAUUUACAUGGUACGCAAGAUUGAUCAUGAAGUGUAUUUUCAAGAUGAAGAAAUGUCGCAAAUUCUAAACCAAGCCGAUGUGCGCAGGAGAACGCCGGGAUUUUAUAAAGCAGGAGUCGAGAAGGACUGCGAUUGGGGCCUCAGCACGCAAAGCUGGUAUCGACAGUGAUAUGUUGUUUGAAUGAGCCGAUGAUCGUUGCAACAUCAGCAAAUGGGGGUAUUCUCGUCAUGCCGGAUUUCUAGCCGAAGUAUUAGUAUUUUGAUUUUCCAUCCUCGUUGUACUACUUAUGUUGAAAAUUCCUGUCUUGCUAUUUUCCCACUUUCUUUUCUUAAUGAUCGAUCUGUCUAUCUCGGGUCGCAAUUUCUUUUUCGCAUUUAGGAGGUACCCAUAGUACCUGCAUCGCUCUUGUACAAAUUUAAUGACGCCUUCGAUGUUGUCCCUGUAGUCGUGAUACUUCUUCUUUUACGUACUAUUCGCUCUUGCAGAAGCUCAAAAUCACUACUGCUGGUACCUUUUCUUUCCCACCCCUUUCUUUCCCUGUCGUUGUUUGUUUGACGAACCCACAGCGCUCUCUGCUGAGUCCCUCACUUAUGGUGUUUAAGAAUCAAAGUCAUUACCUCCACGACAUCAAGUAAGAAGUACCAAAAAAAGCUGGUGCCAGCUAGCAACUACCUGGAAUUCAUUUUCUUCGGUUCUGUUCUGGGCGAGGGGAUCGUCCGCCAGGACGUUCUCUUCGCCCCUGGUGUGCUUCUAAGUAACUCUUGAGAAUUUAGCUGUUCAGCGUUUGUUGUACAUGAUCCUCCUAAGCUAGAAAUGUAAAGUGUGGUCUAGGACGAGUGAAGAGUUCUAUGUCAGCUAAGUUCUCUGUCACCUAAGUUCGUUUUGCAAAAGUUCGGUGUCAUGAGGGUUCGCUUCGUUGUGAAGCUGCCUUCAACUUCAUACAACUCGUCCAAGGGGAUAUAAUAUCUCUCCAGUUUAUUUGCAAACAACUUUCAUAGUAAAUCUACAUUUAGGUUAUUUCUCCGCCCCUGGUGGGAAGGGAGACCAUGGCCUCUGAGAGGCGCUGCAAAGGCAGCAAAGGCAUUCGCAUGAGCCCAAUAACGAGGCACUACGAGAUCUCUGCUCUCCAACUCUGCGACGCCCUACAUAGCAAAAGAGAGCGCGAACCACCAUGCGACAAAGCGCAAAAUGUGCCACAAUUCUCGGACGGGACGGGUUCUUCUGUUCCUGAGAGCGUGACCGAAAACUCCUGAGAGCGUGACCGAAAACAUACCCCACUUUUUUCGGACAAACUGGUGUGUUCUGUUCCUGAGCGACGCUACGGGUUCUUCUGUCCCUGAGAGCGCGACCGAAAUGUACCCCACUUGUUUCGGACGACCUGGCAUGUUCUGUUCCUGAGUGGGAGUUCUAUCGAGCGCUCUGCAGGGGCCCGCUGACGUGUCUGUCGAGAGAGUGACCGAAAAUAUACCCCACUUAUUUCGGACGCACUUGCGUGUUCUGUUCCUGAGCGACGCACUAUCUGACAGGGUCUGCUCUCGAGAGAUGAGCUCUCUGCAGGCGCCUCUGACGCGUGGAGGGCCUGGCGCUCAUUCCACGGACACGUCUGUCACAACAAGCAUGAUUCACGCCCCAUCUCCGGUUGGCCCUCAGGUAGAAUUCGCUUCUUCUCUCUCUUUCGCACGCUCCUCCUAGUUGUCCUUUUACGUCAGUAACCUUUUCUUUUUAGUUCACCUGUCAUCUUCCCGUUGAGUAUAGCCUUCGUGCAUGUAGUUCCUCUUUCUCCUAGGCUCCAAAACUGAACGUCGCCGCGACCAGUUUCCUCUAGUUCAUCCAGCCACACUCUUAUACACUUCCUAAGACACAUCAGAUCACCUCCAAGAUGUUCAACAACUUCGGCUACACUCACGGCUUGAUGCCUCCUGGAGUGCAGAGUAAUGCGAUUCCCAGUCAUUGGCCUGGGAUGAUUGUCCAUCGGGACAUGACAGUCCAACCGCCGAGCCCCAUCAGCCCGACACUAUACCCGAUGAUAUGCGCGCAACCUCCGGUAGGGCCGCAUAUGGGAACCUGGUGCCAGAACUGGCCUGGCGUGCCUGGAUACGGAACGAUCAAUCAGUUCGUCGUGUUCCCACCCGGAGCGAUUCUGCCACCCGGUGCGCUUGAUCAUAUCCCAGUUCCAAAGAGACGUCCUUCUCCUCCUGCGGCCGGAAGUGGUCACACUGAGAGUCCGCCAGCAUCGCCGCCACGCAAGAUACAGAAGCGGCAGGCUGAAAGCGAGACGUCAUCGCCUCUCGUCCUUCCCUCCGAACAGAAGAAGCACGGCGCAUCCAGUGCAGAGCCCGCAAGGAAGGCGGGCGAACCCAUUACCGACCCGCCGACGCGGAAAACUGCGCGUGCUGCCGUACGCGCGGAGCUCAGUCGACACCCGGGCAUGCGCGCAAAACCGAUGGCUGACCUCCUGUACAAGGCCUAUGGCUGGCGCUCGCGAGCCGUGCGAGGGGCGCUGGGCAUGCCCUUGGGUCCGUACAUGCAUUCAAUCCGCUGGUCAAUUAGACGGCCCGGCGGCGCAAGCACAACCUCGGCCUCCCCGGACACAAUGCAGAUGGUAGCAGAAGGCGAGGGGACUCUCCAACAGAAAACAUCAGGCAAAGGAACCGCGCCAGGAAAGGGAAAGGCUUCCAAGGACAUGAAUUCGGGAGACCGACCGCGGGGCACCAAGAAAGGCAAGGGGAAGAUCGCGCACAUUCACAGCAGCACUCAAGCCGCAAAGGGUGCUGCUGCUACCAACCUUGCCUCUGAGGAGACAAGUAUGCACACACCUGCACCGAGGGACCACGCCGACAUGACCGCGGACGCAACAACUGGCACGGAAGCCGCCUCUGCUGCAAGUGGCACACAGAGACGAGACGACACCCCUACAGAGCAAUCCUUGAAGGAUCAUAUUGCGCAACUCCAUCUCUUCGCCGAUGCUGAGGCCGUGGCCUUGUCCCUCUGGAGCCGCUUCCGAGUGCGUGGCCCCACCGUGCGCGACAUCCUCGGCAUGACGCUCGCGGACUACCUCUCCAAGCGCCGACCGGUGUUGAGCGAGCAGUGAAAAGCCCAGCUCCGGACACAGAUCAGCAGCGUGCCGACCACCAAGGGCGGGAUGUCGUUGUCCUGUCUCGAGUGGAUGCGCACUGUGGAAGAGACCUGCAGCGCGCCGCCGCAGAUGAUCCGCGCUGUGUUCGCUAAGCGUCCGCAAACUGUGUACACCGAGUUGCAGCGUUCAGAAGGAAGUGCUCCCAGCUUAACAAAGACUCGCCCUGGCGGUGAAGACUCGCGCGGCCGCCGCGUGACGUUUGCUGACUUCCCCGACGCCACUCCUGACGAACAAGACAAAAGCAACGACGCAGGCCCAGCUCCAAAGAACCGCUCUGCAAUGGCAGAGGAACUGAAAUCUGACCGAGAAGAGUCUGAAAGUGCGCCGGCAACAGCAUCAAGCCAAGACCUGCCCCUCUGUCACACUCCACCGGCGUCCCACAGCGCUUCACAAAGCACGGAGCAAGAUUCGCAAUCGCAUGAUCGAGACCCCCGCGCAGCCAUGGAAGCCUCCCCCUGUGCACCACGGAAACUACUCACAGUACAGCGGCUUGAUCCUUUUCCGACCUUCCUCCAGGCGUUCGAGUACGUCCACAAGGACCGUGGAGGCGACUUGGACGCUGCAGCCAUGCGCGUGAAGAUCUGCGCCCACUACAAGCGCAGCGACCUCCCUCCGCCUACCUCCCAGGCGCGGGCGACCGCCGAACUCUUAAACACGCCGGUGACCCUCUUCAGUCCCAAGCGUGACGCAAUGGGCAAGAGCUUCAUCACGAACCUCGGAGGCCGGCAGUUUUACCUGGAUGAGCUUCACGCAACGCACCUGCCUGCACUCAACUUGAACGAGAAAAAGGGCGAGAGACUGUGCAUCUUGUGGAUGAGAGACGGCUUUCGCCCUCUCUUGAAUUGUUGAAGUUGAAACACGAACACGAUUCCUCCCCGGUGAGGAACAAGGGCAGCCGCUAGGCCUCACGGUAUGCUCUUGGAAUAUUAAUGGAUUGGGGCCCAAGACUACUGGCGUAGUCAAUUUUUGCAAAAAGCACGAAGUGGGCAUACUCGUACUCAGUGAGACCCUGCACUCCAGCCUCACACUUGCGCGGAUCGAGAAGACCAUGGAACGCAACGAUUUUCGCCUGGCGGCAACCUAUACCAGGGACAGUAGCGCCAAAGCCUCCGGCGGCGUGCUCCUCUUUAUCUCCCGCAGAAUUGUACUGGCUCCCAAGCAGCCUGAACCGCUUCGGAGCAGCACCUUGGAGGUGGCCCGCGCUCGCAUCUUGCUGCCUGGACGCGCUGGCAAUCGAAGCGCCGUCAUCGCCGGCAUCUACAGACCCCCACGCAAGGUCCCAACAACGAGCAUGCUCCGGGCCUUGUACACCACUGGCGGCGUAAGCGACAGCGAGGACGUCCUCCUCGCAGGUGAUUUCAAUGCGAGCAGCGGCGGCGGUUGGUUCGAGAACUGGUUCUGGCAAGCACAGGGAGAGGACGGACUUCUGGACUUAAGCCACAACCAACGCACCUACCCGGCGGCAGCGCCCACGACUGCCCCGGACCAAAUCCUGUGGCGCCCCGGGAACGCCAUGCUAUUUCCGGAGCUGAUCAGGACUGCCUUAGACAGCGAAGAGAACGGCGACCAGAGCGGCCUCCUGGUUACCACCCACGACCAAACUCUGAGUGACCACCGACCACAAACAGUCUUCUUGCAAACCGAAGAAACCGAUCCCCCAAGAUCCAGGACCCGGCGGUAUAAACUGCCGCAAGACACGGCUGGUAAACAGCAGCUUACGGCCAAACUUCAUGAGAUUAGUGAGACGUUCUUAGCGAGACCAGUGGAGACGCCUGCCAAGGAGCUGGCGCGCAUCUUACUACAGUCUGUGGAAGAUGUCCUACGCCCUUACCGUCGCCUGGAGCCGGUAAGAGGGAAGUCGACGAGUCCCGCGGAGAUCGUCGAGGCGAACCUCGCCAGUCCGCACGUGCAGGAAUACAUCGAGGCCGUUCAAAUUGGCGACGAUGCAGCAGCUGAGAAAAUCCGCGUCAAGAUGAAGCGUGAGGGAUGGCGGCGCUUCUUAGAGACGACGAGGCCAGGCGCCUCAGCAACGCCUCUCUGGAAAUUUCUCGCGCGGGAAGAUGGCAGGAUGCCACACCUGCGGCAAACUGUUGCGUCGGCGCUUCGGAGACCGGAUACAACGUGGGCUACGUCGGACCGCGAUAAAGCCACCCUCUUAGGCGGCUUGCUUCGAGACAAGCACUUUGUAGCAGCUGAACACCCAGCAACCCUCCCCCGCGACAUCGGAAUUGCUCUUGCAGAGGCGCCGCCUGCGCCUGAUGUGACUCCUGGUGAAGUCAAUGCUGCCUGCGAUCAGCUUGCGGCUGGGAAAGCCCCUGGACCCGACGGGAUCCCGCAUGAUUUCUGGUCUGAGCCGCUCCACGGCUGCCUUGCAAGACUGUUCUCCAAGUGUCUCGCGGAAAACGUUCUCCCGCACCAACUAGGGGAGAUCUUAGUGAUCUGGCUAGACAAGCCUGGAAAAGAUCCAGCGUCCCCUGCGUCGUACCGACCGAUCUCUCUCAUCUGCUCUGCUGCGAAGAUCCUGGAGAAAGUGAUCCUCAACCGUCUGCCAUCGGUAGCUGAAGCAGAGCAGUACGCAUACCAGCCGGGCAAAAGUUGCGAGCUGCUCCUGGCGGAGUUCGUUGAGCACGUCGACACGAAUGCGCGGCAAGGCUUCGCGCAGCUUGUCCUAGAAACUGAUAUAGCUGGCGCUUUUGACUCAGUGCCGCACACCAAGCUGAUAGAGCAGCUCAUCGAGCUGAAGAUCCCCCUCUGUUACUGCCGCUACAUCUGGUCAUGGCUACGGGGUCGCACAUACCAGUCGCUGGUGGGAAACUCUUACUCUCGCACUUGUCGCCCUCUAUGCGGCAUCCCACAAGGAGGCUGCCUCUCGCCUUUCUUAUGGAACGCACACGUCGCAGGGCUCAGCCAAAAAGUCCAAUCAAUCUCCGGUGAUGUCUUCUGUCGCUUCUAUGCUGACGACGGCACUUUGGUCUUGCGUGGACGUGAUCCGGAGCAGGUAAGUACCCUCCUCGAUGCAGUGCUACACACUCUGGAGACAGAACUUAACCGCCUUGGGCUCCGCCUCUCCCUCCCAAAGAUGCAAUGCAUGUGGCUCCGCCUUAGCACCGAGGGGAUCUACAGACGGCAGAAAGAAACCUACGGGCGCGCGGUCAAACCCCCACAGGCGCCAACUACUCCCCCAGGCUGGGAGGCCCCAGCACGCACACGAGUGCCACACGUAGAAAAGAUGCGAGUGCUCGGCUUACACUUCGAUCCGGAGUUUUCCAUGGUGUUCCACUUCCAGCACGUCGUCCGCCGAUGUCAGAACCGGCUGCACUUACUUCGGAACUUAGCGCGCCGCUCUUGGGGUAUGGACACUGACCCCCUGCGCACCACGGCAGUGGCACUGGUUGCCCACGUUGUCGGCUUCGGUCUUCCUAUCUACGGCUCCAUCUUAGGGCAAGGCUACACGCAGGCGCUCAGCACGCUUAUCCUCAACCCCGCAUGCAGGGUCGUACUUGGGAGCAACCGCACGCAACGACUGGAGAGCCUGUAUUUACUCUCCGGCAUCCCCUCGGCCUAUAACAUGUUAACUCAGCGAACUGCCACACUGGUUGACCGGCUUUGUCGCUGCUCUCGCACGCCACUACGCGCAACAGUGGCCCGCCAUCUCCCCCGGAUGGGGUCUGAUGUGCCACCUCCCUGGCCCACUGAAUGGCCCUGCGCUACGCUCUCCGGUGUGGAACUUCUUGAUCGCCUUCGGCAAGAGCGUCCUGGCUGUCCCCUCACCACCCUAGUGCACUCUGCGGAGACAUACACUGUGCCUCCUGAUGCGACUACGUCUGUCACUUCGACACCCACGCAAGAAACGGACACCUUCGGAGACCCGAAGCCGUGGCUCUAUCACACCUACGCACCUGAGCUAGAACGUGCGCCGCAGCACCUGCCUGGUACCCCCACCGUGGGGCGGAAACAGUGGAAACGCGGAUGGAUCUCGGACGGUAUCGCCACACUACAGGCCAUUGGUUGGGACGAGGCCGCGCUAGAGCUCCUGCAGCCUUACCGCCCAGGACGGACAACUUUUGUAAAUUUGCACCUUCGCGCGAGUCACUGCAAGGAUACGCCUGAGCUUCUACGUGAUGCAGCUACCAGCUGCGCCCUUUCGCCCUCGUCUGUCCUCGCGUCGUGUGAUGCUUCCUUUGCUGAUGGGGACGCAGCAGCAGCGCGCGCGAUCUUCAGUGGUGGCUAUGGCUUCAUACGCACUCUCACCUGGCGAGAUGCCGCGUCCUCCUACGCCUGUGAACGUGCUGGGUGGUCCUUACUCUUGAGGGACCUAGCAAAUAUCCCGGCACCUGCAGCACCACCCUGCGAGGAGAGUACGCUCCUGCUCAUCGUCGAUGCGGAAUCCAUCGUAACCCGCCUCCAGCUUCUCACCACCAAGGGAGGAGACACCACUCGGCUGGAACGAGAGGGCCUCUGCCUCCUUGAGACUCUUUGCGCGCGGUUCACCACGGUCCGCGUACACCACACGCACAGUCACAUUGGCCUACCAGUAAUUGAAUUAGUUGACUCGGCGGCUUCUGUAGCACGGGGGCAAACGCCUGCUGCAGGCUCUUGGUCCACUCCCAUGCAGCUCGAAGAUGUCAAGCGCGAGCUGAUCAACUUUUUGAGCAACCAGGAAACGAGCACCCUCAAGGCACUUGCGCAUUCCUCCGGCAGUGAAAGCGGGUUACUCCUUGGGAGUUACUUGGGCUGGGAAAGGAGGGACGCACUCCAACUUUGGGGACAUCUCUCGAGCCUUUGCGCCUCGCGUGCUAUCCAAGUCUCAGCUGCUGAGUUCUUGGGUGGGUCCCGCUUCCGAUCCAUCGCAGAUCCAGACUGCGGCCUGGUGCCGGCGGUCUGUCCCAUAUGCUGCGCAGAAUUUGCGCGACCAGAGCACGACUUCGAGUGCCUCGGGGUGAGUGAGAUCCCCAACUUGGCAUCCCCCCAGACAGCUGCUGCAUUCUUUGCCUAUCUUGACUGGUCAAGUCGCGACUAGUUGCUGCCCUUUUGGUCACCCAGAAACCUCUCCUUUCGAGAAUGUCCACCGCAAUUUUGUCAUCUGUACGCAAACGAGGCCUCCUCUGCGUCGCAUAAUCUCGGCGAGCAACACUCGACGGAUCGUCGUACUCCGCGAUCACCCGGGGCUUGUGGUGAGGCCUUGACGCGGCGCCCCGGCUUGGAGACGACCAACACCACCACACCAACGAUCGCUACCACGUUACACUUUGGGCUCCGCUCGCUCCGCUCUGGCAGCUGGGUUGAGGAGUCCAAGGCGGAACGGUCACUGUUGCUGUUGUACGCCUCAGUGAACACCUGCCGCCGGCUCUGUGCCAGAGUUCUUCUUUUCCGCCCUCUGGAACACGCGCGCGCGUGACGGCAUGGCCCCUACCCGGCCUUAAGUUCCCCUGGCGACUCAACACGGGCCCGCUGAAGCGCCGCAAAAGCAACUGCAUAAGACCUCUUCGACGCACUAGGCUGCUUGCUUUGCCGCGCCUUCGUUUGUAAGUCCCAACGUGUUUCUGGUCUCCUUCCAUACAUACAUACAUUUAGGUUAUUUCAACAUAUUAAGUAGUCAUAGUCGUAAUUAUCAUGUAAGUAAGUAUUUCUAUUUGAUGCUAGUAUGAUGCUUCGUGCUGGCACCCAACACCAACUUACACAACCUUGUUGUAGGUGACGAAAUGAAAAAGAAAGAUGUAAUGACUUUACAGGUGUUAGUUGUUUAUUGUGUCGUCGUGCCGUUAUCCUCAUUCCACCAUCUCACCUUUUUUCUUGCUUUUCAUGUGCUGUGUGUGAAUUUUCCCUUUGUGUGUUUUUAAAGAUACUGGAAGGAGAUGGCGGUAUCAUGCUUUCUACAAAGAAACGAGAACAUUUGAAAAAACGAGUUUAAGAAUACAGAUUUAACCAGGAUUCUCUCCCGGCUGAAAACAUAGAUCCGUGAUCGCCCCCUCCCGGUCAUCCAAAUGAUACCCCAAUAGGAGAAGAAUAUUGCUGGAUCCCAGCCCCAGACCCUCCAAGGAACACAAACCAUCGUCUUAUUCUCUUUGGUCUUAGUAAUAUUUUCAUUUUCUUUUC